CACGUGCGUAUGUUUUAGGUGGGGGGGAGACGCCUGCAUGCGUGUCCCUCUGUCCGUGACUCUCCACGCCCACCAUCUUUCAUCCCAGUGCUCCCAUAGGUUCGGUUCAAAGGUAACAACGAGACCGGGGGCUCUAUAAAGAUCCACUUUGUUCCCUCUGCCUCUUUGCUCGCUCCAUUUCUUCGGUUCGUGUCGUUUUCUUCAGCGUCCAUCAAAAUGCCCAGCAAGAGGAAGAAGAACAAGCGCCGCAUGAGGAGGGUGCAGGCCCAGCGGCGAGCCCUCGAAGAGCAGCAUGCAGCCAACCCACCGGUCAAAGCGAGCCCAGGGAUUGCUGUGAGUGCGCCCCCUGCAGCAGCCCCAAAGAAAGUGGUUAAAGCUCCAGAACCAGCUCCUGUAAAGAUCCCAGAGCCCGUUCCCAUUGCGGUCCCCAUUGUGGAAGCGCCCAAAGAAGAACCAAAACCAGUUGUGGUAGAACCUGUAGUAGAGCCCGUCCCGGCUGAGGUAGAGGUACCAGAGCCUGUUCCUGAACCUGAGCCUGAGCCCGAACCUGUGGUGGUGGAACAGACUCCUGCAGAAGUCGAGGUUGAAGUCCCAGCACCGGUCAUUGAAGAAGAACCAGUUGUUGAGACUCCAGAACCAGAAGAGCCUUGUAUAGUUGAAGCUGAAGCUGAGAUUGUACCAGAGGCUGAACCUAUCAUUCCUGAAACAGAACCAGUUGAGGCGACACUCCCAGUUGAGGUUCCAGUAGAGGCUCCUGCUGAGACAGAGGUUGUGACAGAGGAGACUUCAAUCAUUACCACAGAGACACAGACAUUUGUUGUCUGCGAGACAGAGACUGAAGUGGUGGCUGAGGCUUUGGCAGAGGAGGUUGAAGUCAUUGAAGCCGAGGUAGAGGCAGCCGCCACAGAAGAUGUCCCCGUACCAGAGCUCAUUACUGAAGUGACUGAAGAACCCGUGGAAGAAACAGAGCCCACCGUAGAAGAGGAGCUGACAGAAACUGUGGAGGAGAUUAUCGAGGUGGUACCUGAGCCUGCAGAGGUGGCCGUGUGUCCUGCUGCUCCGGCUGAGGAUGAAGCUGAAGAAGUAGAAGUGUUGGCUGAAGAAGCACCUGAAGUUCCUGCAGAGCCUGAAACGAUAACAGAGGAGGCCCCAGCCCCACAUGCAGAAAUCCCAGAGGUGCCAGUCACCCUCCCUGAGGCUCCAGUGGAAGAGGUAGAAGCCCCCGUACCUGAAGUCGUGGAGGCUCCUCCUGCCACACAGGAAAUCCCUGAGAGUCUGGUUGAUGACUUUGUUGUCACAGAAUCUGCAUCAGCAGUUGAGGUCGCCAUCGCUGAGUCUGCUGCUGUUGAGCCGGAAAUUGAGGAAGUGAGCGACAUCCCAAUCGCCCAGAUUGAAACUGUACCUGUGACGCCCGCUGAGCCAGAGCCUGAGCCUGUUGUGGCCCCUGAGGAGGAAUUGAUCAUUGAUGCCACCGCCGCACAGAAGUGUCUGGAUGUGAUGUCAGAAGAGUUUAAGACAGAAAUCUGUGACAUGCCUUGUCAGAUGCAACUUGCUGUGGAGUCUGUGCAGCUCAGCUCAUCGGAGAUGACAGUGGAGACAUCAAUAAAUGGACACAUUGUUCCAGAGGUUUCUAUUGAGGGCUAAAUGCAUAUCGAACAGCUUGGAGGAUCUUUUUGUCUUUAUUCCCCUUUGGUCAUCAGGAGGACUCAAAGCUUGCAGGGAGUCAGCCAACAGACCAUUUUUUUAUUUUAUUUUGUAGGGCUUACGACAGAACUGCCAGGAAAUUGAAGGGACAUCCACACUACGAAGUGCCUUUCCGGCCCUUGUUCCUGUCAAAACAUCAAAACCAGAUGUCAAAAUGCCAAGAAGGCAGCAGAACAGACUGUUUUCACUGGUGUGCGGAAAUGAAAACAAACACAUUUUGACUCAUUUUUCUGUAUUUCUCCCCAAAAGCAUGCGCAGUGGAGUUGCAUCAGGAGUGGAAGCAGGUGCACUCAAGAGAUGAGGAGUUCUAAAAUCAAGAUAAACGGCAGAGCCUGGUGUUUCUUGUUAGGUCACAUCUCUCUAGAGCAUCUGCUUCCACUCAGACACUCACUGCAUGUGAAAACUGUAGAUCUGCUGAAUGUGGCCAUGUUUUUCUUUUCCCUGAGCCUAUUUUAAAAAGGCGAGAGGGAACACUUGUUCUGUUAUUUUGUUUCUCAUCUCAAACUCACAGAUUUCACUCACAGGGCCUUUUUCACCCUCAAAGAGACACAUCUGUAACCUUUCCCUUUUGUCUUCAUUUCUUUCCUCCUCUGUCCUCCUGUUCCCUCACUGCCUCCAUUAAGUGCCGUUUUUAAGCUCAGUGUGAUGCUAACAUCCAUCCCGGAGCUUUGGAGAUCUCGAUUUCACGGCCAUCAGUCCUUGAGAAUGACAGUUUGAGGGGAUGAGCUGAGGUCUUGUUUUUCUGUUCCUAUUGUCUCACUUUCUCCUUUUUUUUAAAAAUUUGUUUUGUAUAGACCAUAUGAUGUGAUACAGUUUUGUGUUCAAAGUCUGUGCUCUGGAGGGGAAAUGUUAUGUGACCUGGUUAGGGGUAUAACCGUUGGGCAGGGCUGUUGAUGGGCUGAUUUUAUCCACCUUUGAAAUAAAGCUGUAACUCAUCAUUA